AUGUCUCUGUUCAACCUCUUCAGCAGACCUAAAGUAGAGAAGGCGCGCGGAUAUGCCGAAGCUGGUCUCGCACCAACGCCGGCACUGAAGACCAAGCAGUCGGGUACCUCGAGACUCGAUCUACUCGCGCAGGAGAAACCCGUGGAUGCACCGGCACGGUCUGCAAGUGCUCUUUCUUUCCGCAGGCAUAUCGACAGACCUGCUUCGAGGACGUCGAAUAACAGACCAGCUGGACCGCCUACGCGACGCACAGCAUUCUUUGAACCACCUCCUCUGUUCCAAGCAUAUCCUCAAUCGGCAAAAGAUGGCACGCUCCGGGUGUCAUCCGUCACGGCCGAGACUGUGCUACAGAAGAACAAGUACCGGCAGACCAUCCUCAGUGUACCUGAAACCACUCCACGAGGCAGCACAGAUGACAGCACAAGCAUUCAAGCCCGACCAAGCGCGAAAACAUCGCUACGACAUGUUGCCAAUGGCUCAAUCACUUCCUCCGAGCUUCCCAGAAAAGUCAUUGUGCUCGUUUCGGCUGGCUAUCUGCUGCAGUAUGCUGAGACUGGUCCGGCCAAUCGUUUGCCGGAGAGAGUCCUUCAGCUUGGGAAGGACUCGGCGGCUUUCGCUUGCGACUUGAUACCUGGAAAGCAUUUCGUGCUGCAAAUUUCGCAGACGGUAGAUCAGCAGGGUGUAAUCGUGCCCACCAGUGGCUCGCUGUUCACGAAGCUAGGGUUGCGAAGUGCGGCUUCGAAACGUGUUGCCUCAAAUCUGCUGCUGGUCAUGCCGGAUGCAACGGAGAUGAACAGUUGGAUGGUGGCUAUACGGGAGGAGAUCGAGGUGCUAGGGGGAUUGAAGACAAGAUCUCGGACCGCUGCAAGUACGCUGAAGGAUGAUUUGGAGGAGGAGGCGGACGAGGACAGUCAGAAGUCGCAUGAUGUAGAUAGAGACAUGGCUGGUCCUAAGAAGCGUGGGAUACCAGCAAAGAGGCUCAGUCAACUCUCGUCCCCACCAUCCCGGAUGCGAGAUGAUGACGAGAAGUCGGAAACUGGAACAAUUGAUGACAUCGAGGAAGAAGCGCAGCAGUUGGCGAACGAGAGCAGUAUGUCCCUGGACGUCGGAGGAGUUGAUAUUGAUGCACAAUCAAUACAUUCUUCGGUAGCUGCGUCGCUGGACCAACACAGGCUCAACAGUCUCCGGAGCAAUCAACGAAUCUCGCAUUCAACCGUAGCUACGACGGUCGGAUCUUCGAGAGCGAAUUCUCUGAGCGGCUCACCGCGGAACGAAGUCAGAGAACCUGUCAAGCUCGAGGCGACUGCCGAAGUUCCCCAGCAGAAAUCUCAGUAUCGUACACUGGCAUCCUACUUGGGCGGUAGAAGGCGCUCUGCUAUGCCGCUGUCGAUUAUGAAAGAGAAGCCAUUGCCUAUGCCUGAUAUGCACCGUCAGUCAAAUGAGCGCAACCUUGAGCGGGAGUCCACGGAGAACAGGCGUAUAAGCUCGUCGCCACGGAAGUUGGUUGUGGCAGUCAGUGAGCCGGAUCUUCGGGCCACCGCAGAUCUCAAGGCGCGGCAUGACUCGAGGAUGCCGACGCCGCCUAAGCUCCACGAAGAAGACGAGAGACGGCAUAGUGUCGUUGGCGACCUCCCAUCGCCCGCUACCUGGACCAACGAUCGGUCGCCACUGAAGAGGACAUCUGUGAUUCAAGCAGCCACGGUGCAAGCCAAUGCGCAGAGAGCGAGCAUGCUGCGCGGUUCCACGCGGUCGAGCGACGGCUUCAGGAGUCGAAGAGCAUCUGGCCAACCCAGUUUCAGUCUUCCUUUGAGGAUCAACCCAUCCACGCCGGAGAAUCGGCCGCCCACAAGGGACAAUCAAAGCUCGUUCAAUCAGGUGGAAGCAAGUAGUGGAGAGCCGACGGUGCAUGUAUUGACGGCCAAAGUCGAAGCCACCCAGCCUGGCGCUCCCCCAUCGAAGGAUGGCCAACAGCUGCCCCUUUCUCGCUCUCCAUCUGGCCGGCUAUCGCUGUUUCCCUCGGCCACGCCGUCGCCUGCUGUGUCACAGUCGCCAAGUCCGAACGACAUCAGAAGUCGUUCACCUUCCGCAGCAGCGAUGGCGCAAGCUCAUAGCCAGUCGCUAAAGCGACCUACGAGCAUACAAGUACGUUCAGACCGUGCACCCUUCGCCCACAGCAUGCGCAUGUCCACCCAUGGCAUGGUCCCGGGCCAAGCACCAGCUCGCUCUUACACCGCGCCAAUCCGAAGUUUACGUCCUUCCCGAUCAUCAGCGCAGUUUCAGACGUCGAGAUCAAUACCUACUAUUGCUACAACAGUAAUGUCGCCGGCCUCUUCAGCGCAGCCUUCGCCAACGGACCCCUUUAGUGGCCUUUCCGCCAGUGGUGACCUGCCUGCCUCGGUAGAAGCUUCAGACAAACCCACGCCUCUACCGACUGACCGCGCGCUAUCACCGACUCCAUUCCAGUCCGGUCCGUCAUCCCGUGCUAGCGGUCGUAGAGUCCGUACGAUGUCUUCACUGCCAGACCUGGACUUCGGUAUCCCCGUCGUUGGCUUGGGACCACCCGCACCUCCACCCUCAGUCCCGCUACCUGCACCACCACCCAUUGGGAGUAUAAGUCGGCCAUCAAGUCCUGCCCUAAGCAUGUUGAGAUCGAUGCCACUCCCUCCCACCGGUAUGGGUGCAAUAAGCAGGCCAAGUAGUCCUGCACCUGGAAGACCAUUACCUGUUCUUCCUGGUGGCAUGCGUACGAGUCGCCCGACUAGUCCUGUUCCUUUCGCCAGCAGUGGGCUAGGUAUACAGAUGGCUGGUUCAUGA